AUGGAUCACGACACAGAAGUUAUAAUCAAGGAUUUCAAUAGUAUUCUUGAAGAGCUGACUUUUAAUUCGAGACCCAUCAUUACCACUCUCACGAAGUUAGCAGAAGAAAAUAUCUCGUGCGCCCAAUAUUUCGUUGACGCUAUUGAGAGUAGAAUUGAAAAAUGUAUGCCAAAGCAGAAACUAUACGCUUUUUAUGCCUUGGACUCCAUUUGUAAGAAUGUCGGCAGCCCAUAUACAAUCUACUUCAGUAGGAAUUUGUUUAGCUUGUACAAAAGAACAUACUUAUUAGUGGACAACACUACAAGGACAAAACUCAUCAAUAUGUUCAAGCUUUGGUUAAAUCCUAAUGACACCGGCCUGCCUCUGUUCGAAGGAUCAGCACUGGAAAAAAUCGAACAGUUUUUAAUAAAGGCUAGCGCUCUACACCAGAAAAACCUGCAAGCAAUGUUGCCGACUCCAACUGUUCCCCUUCUAUUAAGAGAUAUUGAUAAAUUAACUUGUCUGACUAGUGAAAGGCUGAAGAAUCAACCAAACGAUGAAAAGUUGAAAAUGAAACUAUUGGUUUUAUCCCAACUGAAACAAGAACUGAAAAGAGAAAAGUUGACUCUCAAUGCCUUGAAACAAGUUCAAAUGCAACUAAGGCAGGUCUUCUCACAGGACCAACAAGUUUUGCAGGAAAGAAUGAAGUAUCACGAAUUUCAGCAGCAGCAGCAGCAGCAACAGCAACAACAACAGCAACAACAACAACAACAACAACAACAGCAGCAGCAGCAGCAGCAGUAUCAUGAAAAUAAGGAUAGGACCGGUUCUUCUCCUCAAAACUCUAAUGCAGCAAUCCCAUUAUUUGGCAAUAAUUCUGAUACAAUGAACCAACAGAAUUCUUUAUCUUCCUCUCUUUUUGGCAAUAUUUCCGGCGUUGAAUCCUUUCAAGAAAUUGAGAAGAAGAAGUCACUAAAUAAAAUCAAUAACCUCUAUGCAUCUCUGAUGUCUGAGGGGCUCAUAUAUACUCCGCCAAAAGAAUCCAUCGUGACGCUUUAUAAAAAACUAAAUGGACACUCAAGCUACUCUCUCGAUUCACACGAAAAACAGUUGACGAAGAACCUGCCAAAGAUAUCGUUAUUGAAUGAUAUCCUUUCCGACUGCAAAGCCUAUUUUGCCACAGUUAACAUCGACGUUUUGAAUAACCCAACCCUACAGUUGUCCGAACAAACUCUUCUUCAAGAAAAUCCCAUCGUUCAGAAUAACCUUAUUCACUUAUUGUACCGAUCAAAGCCAAAUAAAUGUAGCGUGUGUGGUAAGAGGUUUGGCAACUCAGAGAGUGAGAAAUUACUACAAAAUGAACAUUUGGACUGGCAUUUUAGAAUAAAUACAAGAAUCAAGGGAUCUCAAAAUACAGCAAAUACAGGUAUAAGCAGCUCUAACUUAAACACUACUACAACAAGGAAAAAUAUUCAAUCAAGAAAUUGGUAUUUGAAUGAUUCUCAAUGGGCAGACUUCAAAGAUGAUGAAAUUAUCUCCACAAAGCAUAAAAGCGAUUAUACCGAUCCACAUGCUAAUAGAAAUAUCGAUAGGAGUGCCAUAAGUAAUCAUGUUGAUGACACUGAUGAAAACUCUGUAGAUAAUACUUCAGUAAGUGGUAGAAAUAAUGAGGUAAAAAUACGGGAAAAAUAUGUUGUUGUACCAGAAACUUCACAAGACAUGGCUUUCAUAUGUCCAAUUUGUAAGGAAACCGUAACUGGCGUUUAUGAUGAAGAAUCUGGUGAAUGGGUUUGGAAAAAUACCAUUGAAGUUAAUGGUAAAUAUUUCCACUCUUCCUGUUAUCAUGAAACUUCGCAAAACUCAACUAAAUCUAAUGAAGGCAAAGUUGGUUUGGACGACUUAAAGAAGCUAGUCACUAAAUAA